GCAAUUGAGCUAGAGUGCUUUGCCAAUUGUCGAUGGCCCGCGGUUCUUCUAGUGACACUUUGUGGUCGCAUACUGUCACCUAUCUAAAGCUUUUUACCUCUUGUUUGUCAUUAUGGGGUCUGGGUUAUAUGCGUAUGAGUGCUACUUGGGUCGCACUUGGUACCUUUGGAUAUUUUUGUGUACAAGUAGUCAGAAAAAGAAGAACCGAACUAACCAGUGCCCUGAAGGCUAUUGGAGAGAAUGAAAAAGAAGUUAUACUGCAGAAUUUUUCGGCCGAGGAUUUACCGUCUUGGGUUCAUUUUCCGGAUGUUGAGCGUGCCGAAUGGUUCAACAAGGUUAUAAAGCGGCUUUGGCCAUAUAUAAGCAUAUAUGCAAAGGACAUGAUUAUCAAUAACGUCGCACCAGCCAUCGCUGCACAACUUCCUUCGGCACUGAAACCCUUCUCUUUUUCUACCAUCGAUCUUGGAGAUACUCCACCACGCGUUGGUGGUGUAAAGGUUUAUAUGGACGAGGACAUCGGUCGGGAUGAAAUCGUCCUGGAUCUUGAUUUAAUGCUCUACAGUGAUGCCAGAAUAAAGGUUCAACUGGGGAAAAUCAAGGCUGGUAUUAAAGAAUUCGAGGUUAGUAUGUUAUAUAACUUUAGAAGUUGGUCUGGUUCAUAUUAUGGCAGCAAAUCCUUGCUAUCGCGAAUUGGCGGUCGAUUUACUCGAAUUUAUUUCACUAACAGCUCUUAUGGGAUCAAUCUUCCCAUCUCUGUCUCGCUGCGGGGAACCCUUCGGACCGUUAUGAAGCCACUGAUCUCAAAGGUUCCCUUUGCUGGAGCGGUGACAGUAUGUUUUAUCAAUAGCCCGUAUAUCAAUUUCACACUCACUGACAUGGGCAACUUCCUUGGCUUGCCUGGACUACAGCAAACCUUGAGUACUAUCAUACACAACACAGUGGAUCAGAUGAUUGUGCUUCCGAACCGUUUACCGGUGCAACUGAUUGAUGAAGUCAAUGUGUUGCAACUGAAGUAUCCGAUCCCUCAGGGUAUUCUACGUGUGAACGUUGUGGAAGCUCGACGGCUGAAAAUUGGUGACAAAAACAUAGCAGGACGCGGUUCGUCGGAUCCGUACUGCGUUGUACGAGUCGGUGCUCGAACAUUCAAAACGGCUGUGUUUCACAAAACCUUGGAUCCCAUUUGGAACGAGUAUUUUGAAAGCGCCAUUGACGUGAGACGUGGCCAGUUUUUAGAGGUCGAAGUCUAUGAUAAGGAUCAGAGCAACAAUGACGAUACCAUUGGGUCCUGCUCCGUCCCCCUCGAGUCAGUUUUCGAGUUGGGCGAGGUGGAUACGUGGUUGAACCUUGAAGGUGUCAAGACUGGUUCGGUUCAUUUGAAGAUGACUUGGCUGUCACUAUCCAAUCGCCCUGAAGAUGUCUCCUCGGCAUUGAAAAGAGCAUCAGAACACCAGACCUCUGGUGGUGGGAUUAUCAGCGCUGGAUUUCUCUAUGUCGUAGUGGAGCAGGCUAGAAAUUUGAGGCGCGUCAAGCAUAUGCAAGAGCCAUCACCGUACUGCAAUCUGCUAUUGGGACGCAAUGCGCAAACGACGGAUGUUAAAGAACACACUCAAAUACCCACAUGGGAUUCUGUUCACCACUUCUUCGUCAGAGACCCUUACGUCGACAUACUGCAGCUGAUCGUUCGUGACGGUCGGUCUGAGAGCAAUCUUGGCACGUGUACCAUCCCCAUCAAAAUGCUACUGUCCGAAAAACAAAUGGCAGUCACACGCCCUUUCCAACUCAAGGACUGCGGACCAGACGCGGCCACCAUCGUCCUUCACUUGGAGUUCAAGGCCAUCGUGCCAGUUCCGAAGAAGGAAACUAUUAAACUCGCUUCCUCCGCAGACGCACCAAUAUUUAGCCCCACCCCGGAUAAUGAUGCCCCAAACGUUGAGAACACUGCUAUUGACAACCCAGUAUCGACAAAUAAUCCCGAAAUGAUUGUCCGACACCGCAAUUCAAUCCCACAGGCUGCGUUAGAUGAUGAAAGAGUCAGUGAAAAUGUAGCUGAAACCACUACACUGGUGGCUAAUUCACAAGAGGCAACGCCAUUAGAAGACGGAUCGGUGACCACACUCACAGAUGCUUCGCUGGGACGACUGAAGCUAACUAUGGAGUAUUCUGUUGCGUCAGGGGAGCUUUCUGUAACCGUGCACAAAGCCUGCCAACUUCGUGGAGUGGACAAAGAUGGUCUCGCUGACCCUUACGUGAAAGUCACUUUGGUCGAUCGGCGUCGGACCACCAAGAUCACAAAGAGAACACACCCAGUGAAGAACUGCCUCAAUCCUGUAUACGAAGAAAACUUCAGAUUUCCUUUGGAAGCGAGCAAGUUGUCUACCCACGGUCUGCGGAUCGAGGUGAAAAACCAUGUGGGACGGUUCACGCUCAGUGGUCGAACCCACUUCAUGGGAUCAGUGUAUAUCGAUCUGUGCAGCUUGGAGUCUGCGCCCCCUUUGACUCACUGGUUCAACUUGGUUCCUGCUGAAGCCUUGUCUUCUGAUGGGGAUGAUCGCAGCCUUUCUCCUGUAUGAUGAUGAUGAUGCCAAUUCGGCAUUGCGACAAAAGCGGCAUCCACAUCCUUCCAAAUGGCCCACAUUUGAAUGCUCCCUCACCCUCCCACCGGAGUAUGCCCGCGGUCCACUCCGUCAGCGCCAACGAACUGCUGAGAUUUAUUAUUCUGUUAUCAUACUCCUUGAGUUAGCCCAACUUCACCCAAUGAUGACCCACCUAACCAUCUAGUCUCAGUUCGGCGCGCCAUUUUUGCAAUUUAUUUUCCCGUCCCCCACCGAACGCUGGGGUUGCUGACCCACUUGAUACAAGUGUAGCAACCUUCAUAUUAGCAUACAGUCAUCUUGCUGAAAUU